UACAUACAAACAUAUUUAGAGAAAAUGAGACAACAUUGGGCAGGUGGCCUAAGAUUUAUACGAAACGUUCACUUGAACUGGCAUGAUAAACCUGGUCCACGCCUAUCACCAAAUGUGAAGCAAGGCAACUAUAAAGAAUAUUUCCUGCAAGUUUUCCCAGAGUUUCCUCUUCUGGUGCACAAAGUCAUAAGGUUAACUGACUGGAAAACAAGACCUGAUCUCAAAAAACAUUUUACGAAGUCAAGUUCAUUUUCGUAUACCUGUCUUGAAGAACCAAGAAGCAGUGCAUCAACAUUCAAAGUUGAAGAAAAGAGAAAAAUUAAUCUUCUGAGUGCCAAGUCAACUUCAAAAAUUGAUGAACCUUCCAGUGGCAGCAAAGAAAAAAUUCUGAAUUCAAUUACUUCUCGUAGUUUCAAGUCAUCUUCAAAAACUGAUGAACCUUCCACUCCCAACACAGUCGAAUUUAAAGAACGUUUUCUCAAAAAGGAUCACAAAAUUAAAGAGAGCGUCCAUGAAAAUUUGAAAAGUUUUCCUUGGCUUUGUGGCAAGUAUGGUACAGCACGUCCUACUGAUGAGAUGAAUUAUCGUCAUAUGUAUCUUGAAGUUGACGAAUCAAAGACUGAGAAUGUUUUAAAGCAAGAAAUCGAUGACAAAUUUGAAUAGAAAGCUUCAGAUUACAUCGAAUUACGUUAUGUUGACCCACGUAAGAAAAUAGAAAUGCAACAGCUAUCCAACAAUGUUAUGGCUGAUAGAAAGAGGAUGGAGGACUAGCAAAUUAAGUGUCAAGGGAAAAUUUAAAAGUGGUUGGUUUACCUUUGGAGAAGCAAUACAUAUAUCCAAAAGCGGUAGAUAUUCUGACGAUAGUUCAUAAACGCAACCUUCUACGGAACAUUCAGGAUCUUGGACUACGUUUGGAAAACCCAUGUCACUACCAAAUGCACCUAAGACUUAAUGGCAAUAAAUUGAUUUGAAAACUCUCUUAAAGACACUGCUUCUGUUAUUUCUGACUUCGUUUAUUAAAAACAAGUCUAUAGCCAAAUAGCAAUCCCCAAAGACGUGAUCUUAUUUUGCACCGUAGUUGUAUAGACAACCUAAAUGCAAGCCCCAAAUUCGUGAAAGCAAAAGAUAUUUUCUAUUAAGUACAGAUGACAGUAGCUACAAAUCAAUAUACCUGUUUUGAUUUAUAUUCAAACAAUAUGCAAAGUACAAAAAAUGACCCAAUUUCGGGCUCGUGUUGACUUCAAACUUCCAUCGAGAGAAAUCGGAGACUUUUUCAUUUCUAAAUAAAAAACAAGGUUUGUGAAUAUUCUAUGAAA